AUGGCUUCAUCAACGGACCAGAUGCAACAAAUUCUAAAAAGGCAUCUUUUGGAAGACCUUCUCUCCAAGUUUGAGAGAGCACUUUUGAGAUCUCCCCUUGACCUGUAUUACAUGGAGUUUGUGUGUUGCCAGCAGCUGUACCUCCUUCAAGCACUAUCAAGACAUGUGGAAAUACCCCAGGAAAUCAUUCAGGCUCUGCAGGAAGUGUUUGAACUUGUUAAACAACCUCCAUUUUCCACAGCUCCACAUGCAGUGGUGGAUUCCUCUGUUGGUCUGAGAGGACGUCCAAGGUUUGAAAUUGAAAGAGAAGAGUUAGCAGAGAUGCUGCAGACAAACCUUCCUGUCCAUUACAUUGCAAAAAUGAUGGGUGUUUCCACUAGAACCAUCUUUAGAAGGAUGAAUGAUUUAGGCCUUUCCAUCUCAGGGUUGUAUAGCUGCAUGACUGAUGAGGAGUUGGACAAUGUUGUGAGAGCCAUAAAGGAUGAUAUGCCUGCUGCUGGUUACAGAAUGGUCAGAGGGAGGUUGUCGUCUUUAGGUCUGCGUGUGCAGUGGAAGAGAAUAGCUGCUUCAAUGCACCGAGUUGAUUCAGUCGGAAUCCUUUCGAGAUUGGCCAGGCUGGGAUGUGUGAUGAGAAGAACAUACUCCGUUCGAGGGCCUCUUUCUCUUGUGCACAGACACAAAUCGAUACGAUACAACAUCGUAAUAUUUGGUGGUGUGGAUGGUUAUUCCAGGAAGGUCAUGUACUUGAAUGCGGCAAAUAACAACCAUGCAUUGACCGCAUGUCACUUCUUCUCAGAAGCAAUCCCAAAAUUUGGCUUACCAUCAAGGGUCAGGGGAGAUCAAGGAGUGGAGAAUGUACAGAUAGCCAGGUUCAUGUUUUCCUCAAGAGGCACUGACCGAGGAAGUUUCAUAUCUGGUAAAAGUCUCCAUAAUCAAAGGAUUGAGCGCCUCUGGCGUGAUGUCAGAAUCAUGGUCACUAACAAGUACUCAGAUAUGCUGCACUCCCUGGAGGCAGAAGGAUUGCUUGACAUAUCAGUGGUUGAGGACCUUUUCAGUGUGCACUACACUUUUCUCCCAAGACUUCAGGCAGACUUGGACACAUUUGCAGAAGCCUGGAAUCAUCAUCCACUCUCCUCAGAGGGCAAUCGAAGUCCAGAGCAGCUGUGGCAGAUUGGAAUGAUGCACACAAAUAUUGACCAAUCUGAGAGAUACGAGGACAUCGAAGAGCCAGAUCUAGACUGGGAUGUAGCAGCUACUUACAAUGCCUGUGAAGAUUUCGGAGUUGUUGUUCCAGAAUUUGAAUGCCCUUUGAGUUCAGAUAGGUUGAGGGCUCUUGAACAUCUGCUGAUAAUGAGUUUAUUUUGCUUUGAAGCUUACGGUGUAUUGAUGUAA